UCUUGUAUUUACAUUAAUCCAUAAAAGAAGAGUUCUGUAAGAGAUUAUACACGUUUUCUGUUUCAACAUUAUUUAGUAACAUUUAUCAUUAAAAAAAAUUAUGGCUGACCCUCUUCCUCGCAAAAUGGAAGCUCUCAUGAAAACAUCUGAGAAAGAAUCAUUUGAACUUAAAACUUUAGAUUUACCAGAACCUGUUGGGGACGAAGCACUCAUAAAAGUUGAAGUUGUAUCACUAUGUGGAUCAGAUAUCAAUUUAUAUAAGUGGAAUGAAAUUGCAAAAAUCAUAGCUAACAUUCCAUUUACUCCAGGUCAUGAAUGUGCUGGUACUGUAGUGAAAUGUGGUCCAUCAUCCACAGUCAUCAUAGGCCAACGUGUCACUGUAGAGAACCAUUUUUUUUGUGGUCACUGCUACCAAUGUAAACAUGGGUUACAAGGUAUCUGUAAGAACAUGGGGCAAUAUGGUCAUGGAAACAAAACAAUUUAUGGAGGAUGCUCCCAAUACAGCAUUGUACCUUCAAAAUAUUUAUACUGUUUAAAGACCAAUAUAUCUUUCCUUGAAGCUACACUUUUAGAGCCACUUGGAGUGUCUCAUCAAGCAAUAGAAUCUUUGGAAGUACAAAAUGAAGAUGUUUUGAUUAUUGGAUGUGGAGCAAUUGGUAUAUUAGCAACAUCUGUGGCAAAAGCCCUUGGAGCCAACAGAGUUAUCUGUACAGAUAUAGUAGAUGAACGUUUACAACUAGCAAAAAAGAUGGGAGCAGAUGUAAUUGUCAACUCUUCAAACCAGGAUCUCAAAAAUUUCAUUAUGAAUUUAACAAAUGAUGAUGGUAUUAACCGAAUUUGUGAAUGCACUGGUUCACCAAUUAUGGUGAAUUCCAUGUUUGGCAUGCUCAGAAAGGGUGGUCAUGUUGUCAUGGUAGGUUUGCCAAAAGAACCAAUCCACAUUGAAAAUGCCACUCGAGACAUAGUUUUUAAAUCUUUGACUCUAAAAACAGUACAUGGUAGACGUAUAUUCCAUACUUGGGAAUGCUGUGAAAUGUUGGUGUUUAGUGGUCAAGUUGAUGUUAAGCCACUGGUUACACAUAAGUUUCCAAUGAGAGAAUUUGAAGAAGCAUUCAAGACUAUCUUCAGUGGAAAAUGUGUUAAAGCUAUCCUUGAACCCUAAAUUGGAAUACCAUUAGCCUCAAUCUAAAUAUUUUUUAAGUUUUGGUUUUUACUAAAGAUUGCUAAUUGUAAUAAGUCAAAUUUAUAAUAAAACAAAAAUUUCAUUGGUAUUUAAUAUUUCACUUUUAAAAAACAUGUUCCUUUCCUGAAAGGACCAUACCUAUUCCUCUAAAAUAUGUUGAUAUGUUUAUCACCCGGAGAGCAUUCUUAAAAAAAUUGUACUGCAAUUGUUCAAUAAAGUCUAGUUACUCUUUA